CUGUGAAAGAACACCUCUUUGAUCGUCUUCUUCUUCUUUGGGUUUUGGUUUGUACUCAUCGAUGGGUCACUUCAUCCGCAGCUCGAAGAUGUCGGUGCUAUUCUCCUUGAGAGGGAAGAAGAAGAAGAAGGAGAAGGAUUCACGGAGAGAGAACAUGAAGGACUCCUUGUUGGAUGAAGACGAGGCGGCAGUUCCCAAAGGAUGCAUGGUAGUGUACGUUGGGGCUGAGAUGAGGCGCUUCGUGAUCCCGACGAGCUACCUUCGCCUGCCGCUCUUUCGCGUGCUGAUGGAGAGCGCGGCCGACGAGUUUGGCUUCGAUCAGGUAGGCGGGCUUCGGAUUCCAUGCGACGAGGAGGACUUCACGGAGCUGCUGAAGACGACGAAGAAGACGAUGAAGAAUUCAAGGAAGACCUUUUUGUAGCAUGCGAACGCGUGCAUAAGAAACUUCAUGCACAAUAGAAUGAAAUGUAAGCCAUAACUCCCACUUUCCCUUGUGUUAAUUGGUGGGAUCCGAGAGUGAUCUGUAUGUCACCAUUGAUCUCAUGUUGUGGAAACAACCCCUCUUUGAGUGAUGUUGAAUUGUUUGAUCUG